GACGAAUGGGGAAUGUAACAUGGAGAUAAACAGCGUGUGUUCGCCAAAUGAGUUCCUUAUAACUUCUGUCAGACCAGUGUUUCCAGUAUAACCAUGGCAUAUGGAUGUUGUAUCUUUAGCUCUUUCUAGGUAACUGUCUUACAAAGCUAUCAAGUGACUGUUUCUGAACUGUCAGGAAAAUGGCUACAUCCCCAGUGGAGUACACCAUUGGAGGGGUGAAGAUCAACUUCCCCUGUAAAGCUUACCCCUCCCAGCUGGCCAUGAUGAACUCUAUUGUACGAGGCCUGAACUACGGGCAGCACUGUUUGCUGGAGAGUCCAACGGGGAGUGGGAAAAGCUUGGCCCUGCUGUGCUCGGCCCUGGGCUGGCAGCAUGCUCAAUUUGCUAAACUGCAACAAGGAGAGAGCCUUGGAGAGUUCAAGAGCCAGGCAGAUAAAAGCUUUGGAGACUAUAAGAAGUCAGAUGUUACCCCCUGUCAAUGUGAGUGCCACAGCCACAUCAAGAGGACCACAGCUACACCAGCUGCCAAAUCUCCUGUUGUGGACCUCACUGAUUCACCCUGCAAAGACACAGCACAGCUGGCAUCUCCAGCGCCUGGACAUAGCUCGGUACCAGAGGAGCCGCAGCUCAAGAAGCAGACCAUCGCCUCUCGUUUGUCUGACAAGUUCCAGUCUUUCCUUACUGGUCAGUCCUCCUCUGAGCGCGAGAAAGACGACGACUUCCAGCCAGAAAGGAAACGCAUUCGCACUGCAGAUACCAAGAGCCGUAAGAGGCAGCGUCUGGAGCAAGGAGUCAUUUUUAUAGAUGGCGAUGAUGAGCAGGAGAACGAGUCACAAGGUCCUCCGAGUUGGACAGUAGAGCCAAACAGCCCGGCACAGGGUUGGUCGUCAUCAUGCUGUUCCUCUGAACCCUGCUCCCACUGCUCGUGUGCUUCAACCAAAGACGGCUCGAAGGAGAAGGACCAAGAAGGCAAAAAAAAGAUUAGGAAGAUCUUCUUUGGCACUCGCACACACAAACAGAUAACUCAGAUUGCCCACGAGCUGAAGCGCACUGUGUACUCGGGAACACCCAUGACCAUUUUAUCCAGCCGAGAUCACACCUGUGUCAACCCGGAGGUGGCGCCUCACGCCAACCGUAAUGAACGCUGCAAGGACCUUCUGGACGCGAAAGAUGGUAGAUCUUGCCGCUACUACCACGGUGUGCAGAGGAUGCGGGACCAGUCCGUACUACAGAGAGUCCACGGACUCAAUCACGCCUGGGACAUUGAAGACCUGGUCUCUCUGGGCAAACGACUCCGCUCAUGCUCCUACUAUGCCGCUCGGGAAUUAAUGCAGGACGCCUUUAUCAUCUUCUGCCCAUAUAACUACCUGCUGGACCCGGUGAUCAGACAGAGCAUGGAAAUCAACCUGGCCGGACAGAUCCUGGUGCUGGAUGAGGCCCACAACAUCGAGGACUGUGCGAGGGAGAGUGCCAGCUAUAAUUUAGACAACAAAAGUCUGAUGAUGUCCAGAGAUGAUCUCGAUGGGAUGGUCAAGAGCAACAUCAGAGCCGCCAAACAUGAGCCACUCAGAGACUUCUGUUACAGUCUCAUCAACUGGAUCCAGGAGAGCCAAAGCCUUCUGUCUGAACGGGGAUACGAGAGUGCCUCUAAAGUCUGGAGUGGGAAGGACAUACUGGGAAUCUUUCAUGGCCUCGGUAUCACUCCUGACACCUUUGACAUCCUGAAGCAAAACUUGGCCGCAGUGCUGGAGAAAGAGGAGCGUGUUGGUGUCAUUAACGGUAAAGAGGACAUGGUGCAAGUCCCAACCAUCAGCUCAGCUACCUCCACCGUCCUCAAAAGCCUUUUUGUGGUCCUGGACUUCCUCUUCAGAGACAACUGCAGGUUUGCUGACGACUACCGGGUGGCUCUGCAAAGGAGCUACGCGUGGACAAACCAGGUCCCGCCUGAUGUCCCUGACGCGCAAGGCUACUUUGUCCGACCUCGCCAGAGACAACGUCAGAGCAGCCGAGUCAAGACUGAAGUCCUGACGCUCAACUUCUGGUGCCUUAACCCCGCUGUGGCCUUCUCUGACCUGAGCGGGUCAGUUCACAGCAUUGUGCUGACAUCAGGAACUCUAUCACCCAUGGGCUCCUUCUCCUCUGAACUUGGUGUGAAAUUCACCAUCCAGCUAGAGGCCAACCAUGUUAUCAACAAGUCCCAGGUUUGGGUGGGCACUAUUGGCGCAGGACCCCAAGGCAGAAAACUGUGCGCCACAUUCCAACACUCUGAAACAUACGCCUUUCAGGACGAGGUCGGCGCUCUGAUUCUCCACAUCUGCCAGGUUGUUGCAAAGGGCGUGCUCUGCUUUCUGCCCUCUUACAAGAUGCUGGACAAACUGCGGGACCGGUGGACCAACACGGGUCUCUGGGAGAAGCUGGAACUGAAGAAAACUGUCAUCACAGAGCCUCGCGGUGGAGCGAAGGGGGAUUUUGACGAACUACUUAAUACGUAUUAUGAUGCCAUCAAGUACUGUGAGGAAAGAGAUGGUGCACUGCUGAUUGCAGUCUGCAGAGGUAAAGUGAGUGAAGGACUAGACUUUACAGAUGACAAUGCUCGAGCCGUGGUCACCAUUGGAAUUCCUUUCCCGAACAUCAAAGACCUCCAGGUGGAACUGAAGAUGAAGUACAACGACCAGCACUGCAAGUCCAGAGGUCUUCUCCCAGGCAAUCGCUGGUACGAGAUCCAGGCCUACAGAGCUCUAAACCAGGCCCUCGGGAGAUGCAUCCGCCACAAGAACGACUGGGGAGCCCUGAUUCUAGUGGAUGACCGGUACAGGAAUAAUCCCAAUAAGUACAUCACAGGUCUGUCUAAAUGGGUCCGUCAGCUCGUCCAGCAUCAUGACACCUUCGGCAAUGCCAUGCAGUCUCUGGUGGCGUUCUCUCAGGUGCAGCAGCAGAAGAUGGAGGCCGCCCCUGCGGACAGUCAGACCCAGAGCUCUUCAUCUCCAAAUGGUCACACAUGUUUACCUGCAGAGGGACAGAGUCUAACCAAGACGUCAGAACCACCGACACCACGCUCAUGUGUGAAUCCACCUGAACCCCCGAGCCCCUCGGCCUUCAGCUUUUUCUCUCAUACACAGUUGAAAGCUGAACAAAUAGGAAAAGCAGGGUGUUUGAAGACGAUAAACAGCCCCCCAGCAGAGACCAGAUCACAUCAGAAAGGCAAAGCCCCGCCUCUGUACAGCAUCUUCACCUCCAGCCCCAUCAGCACCCGCUUCAAGAAGCCAAUCUUCAAAGAAAAAACAGCCCAUAACUCUAACCAACACCUGGAAUCAUCAGAUCAUUCUGAGAACAAAGAGAAACUGCAGAUCUCUGAGGCAGCUUGUCUGAAACAAGACACACCAGACUGUUCCAGUGAAAUCAAAAUGAAACCAAUCAAUCUGUCCGUAGAGUCCCCUCCCAGCUGUGAAGGUGAGCCACCCUCAGCACAAGAUCUCGAUGAAGAUGAAGAGGACGAGACCAUCUUUUUUACUCCAGAACUUUUCGAGGGAGAAGAGAAUGAGGGCAGCCCACAGAAGGAGACAAAGACUCCUCAGAAGACAGACCCUGCCCUGCUGUCAGAGGAACUUCUUGGCUCCAAGCAGGCCAAAGAGGAGCGAGGGCAGGCGUCUGUUUGGAAUGAGCAGAGUGAUAGUUCAGUCAGUAAGGAGGACACAGAGCCGUCACAGGGGCAGAAAGAAGAAAUCAACGCAGAGAGGCAAUCUGAGGAGGGAAAGCAAGUAGAGCACCAGAUCAGGCAGACAGAGAAUAAGCUUCGCAGACUCUCCAGGUCCAGACAGAAAGCUCCCUCCACUCCUACAGGUAACUAACCACCUGGGGAAAAUAAAUUAUGUGAACAAAGCAGAGUGUCUGACAUUUAAAUAAAACCCAACAACUUGAUCAACAAAUAAAGUGCUGACAACAUGUUAAAUGUAUAUAAUAGUGAAAAGAAAGUAUUCCAGUCAUAAUACACUACUAGAGUUCAUUUCAUUUCUGUACAGUUAUAAUCAUUUUUCAUUGCUGGUUUUUCACAUUUCAUCUUUCAGAAUUAUCCACUCGCUGCACAUGCAUCCACACUAUUUUGUUUGAGUUUUAAAACGAGUUUUAAAUAGAAGAAAUUCUGAAGAAAUAGAAGAAUUCUGUCCGGGCAAGUGUUUUAGAACAGUUUCAGAACUAAACGUUUGGAGGUUUGAUCGCUGAAAUCACAUGUAACCUGACCAUUCACUUACAAUGGGGAUACAGGCUGUAGUUUUCUGACUCACAACAGGGCUUAUAAUGCCACGGGACACGGGAAUUGCUCGUAUACCACCACCACCUCCCGCACAUACAGAAAUUAUUAAGAUAAUAAAAUACAGUGUUUCCCCUACCAUUAUAGUAGGGAGGGGGGGGCGACGGAGGCGGUGGUGGUGGUGGCCGGCCGGCCGGCCAACUUUUUUUAAGAUUUAUUUUUGUGCCUUUAUUGUAGAGAUAUGAUAGUGGAUAGAGUCGGAAAUCAGGGAAAGAAGUCAUUUAAGGAUACCUUUCCAGUAGAAAAGGACAGCUGUCAUUAAAAGUAACACAUGAACACCAAGAUUCAUUCAAGUGUUUGUGUCAGCGUGUCGGAGUGUCGGCGUGUCCCUCCCCCAACGCUGUAAACCUAGGGGAACCACUGAAAUAUAGAAUUGAAAUGUCAAACAACAGCAAGCAUAAACAACAAGGUCAUCAUCAGACCAUCACUUAGUUCAUUAUGUUCAUCAUGGCUGAUGUUUGUUUUCUGAGUUACAUAAAAACAAAGGGAAGUGACAAAUCAGAGAGAAUAUGUUUGCGUCCAGAGUUUAAAAUGCUGACGCUUUGAAGUCUCAUAUGGAUGCCCACGGUAUUGUUUCUUGCGGGUCACAGUGCAGCGAAAGGUAGCUCAUGUCUUACGUCCUCUUUUCUUUGGUUAACAUCAACACUCUGUUUGGCUGAUUGUAGGCCAAUAAAACUACAUUUUAAAGAUUAU